CUUAGACACUUUUCACACAUAUUAAGGAACUCAUUAAAAUUCAUUUAUGUUUUCAUUAAUAGAACAAAUCUAACCAAUAGUAUUUUAGAUAAAUAGAUUUAUUUAUAAAAUCAAUGUAUUUUGCAAUUAAUUUUUAGCUGAAAAGUUGUAUAAAUUGCAUUGAUAUUAUAGAAUGACAUUCUUUGUGAAAUAAAAAAAAUGAAUUAAAGUGAAACUUAAUAUGAAACAGACGGAGUAACAUCUAUGGUUGUUUCACUGGGAUUUAAUAAUUGACUUUAAUAUAACAAAUACAUGCGUGCACUUCGAGUCCCAAGAUAGUAAUAAGUCUCCUUUUUCAUUCUUCAAACUUUCUCUUUGUUUCUUUUCUUCCUACCAUUUUCUCCGUACCCUUUUUCUAUUAAAUCACAUUUGCCACCGUUUUUUCACAUCGCACACAUGUUGUAUACACUCAUUUAUUAAUAUGUACAUGCAUAUAUAGCAUUCUUUGCCCUCUUAAACACAAACACCUCAUCUAGAGAUAUCGUAUAUUUUCUUAUUCUCUGUCUUCUAAUGUCUGAUCCAGCUUGUAUCUUCAACAAUGGCGUUGUCGACGGCUAUGACUAUAGCUUCAACUAUUCCACUUCUCUCUCACACAUCUACAACUCUAAUGGCAGCUUCUAUUACCCUCGCAAUACCACAGACAUAAACCCUAAUUCUACUUUACCUGAAUCUCCUCCACUUAGAGAAGCUCUUCCUCUCCUUAGCUUAAGCCCCAUCCAUAAGCAGAAAGAAGAUAUUGUUCCUCAGCAUGAAUACUAUUUCAUGGAGACGACCGAAAACUCUUCUAAUUCAAACUUUCUUAAUCAUAAUCUUGAUCAAUGCCAAGAAAGUACUCAUCAUUAUGAUGUGACCGUGGAUCUUCAUCUAGGGUUGCCAAACCCCGGUGGCGACGCUAUUGGUGACGGGGGUGGUGGGAGCAGCAGCAGCGAUGUCAUCCUUGAUUCUACCGACCAAGAGCAUCAUCAAGAUCGUCAUCAAUAUCAUGGAGUAGAAGUUACACUUGCUUCUGAUCAUCAUCAUGAUGGUCAUGGUGGUGUACAAAGGGGUAUUCAUAAUCACUAUUGGAUCCCUACUCCUUCUCAGAUUCUCAUGGGUCCUACACAGUUCUCUUGUCCUCUCUGCUACAAGACCUUCAACAGAUACAACAACAUGCAGAUGCACAUGUGGGGACAUGGCUCAGAAUACAGAAAAGGACCAGAGUCACUAAGAGGGACACAACCAACGGGGAUGCUGAAGCUGCCUUGCUACUGUUGCGCACCGGGCUGCAAGAACAACAUUGAGCACCCGAGGGCAAGGCCGCUCAAGGACUUCCGUACGCUUCAGACACAUUACAAGCGGAAACACGGUGCGAGGCCCUUUGCUUGUCGUAGAUGUGGAAAGGCUUUUGCGGUCAAAGGAGACUGGAGGACGCACGAGAAGAACUGUGGGAGGCUUUGGUAUUGCUCAUGUGGCUCGGAUUUCAAGCACAAGAGGUCGCUUAAGGACCACGUCAAGGCCUUUGGUAAUGGUCAUGUCCCUUGUUUUGGCAUUGAUUGCUUCGGCGAUCAUGAGGACGAGGAGGCUGCUUCUGAUGUCGAACAGCAAGAAUGA